AUGCGUUUACGAUGCUUCCGUCCCGUGAGUGACUUCAUUGUUCAUCUCUUCCACACAGCCGUUCUGUCGGACCCAGCCAUUUCUGUAUGCUUAAAUACCAUACAUAGACCCAUACAGGCCAAAGAGCCCGAGCUCCCAACCGCACCUAACCCUGCUGCUGCAAAUCCGGUGGACCCGCAAGAAUCGGCAGAGAGAACAAUUCAGGGCUCGGUUGACCUUGGUUAUUCGCUCAUUGCUGGAAGCAAUACUUUUGUGGGUUUGCAAGAUGUAAAUACACCAUCCGAUGCUUGUUUACAACUCGCUGACCGAUUUGAGAUCCUCGGAAAUGAAGAAUUCCAAACUAUUAAAGCUACUUACAAUGACGGUCCUCGACCCUUUAGAUCCAAAGGGGACAUUGAAGCCCUCAUUGCGAAACUACCGCCAAGAAAUGACAUUGAAGCACUCGUUGAGUUCUUUUUUCGCGAGGUCAACUGGCAUUAUAGCAUUCUUGAGAGAGUUUAUUUCGAUUCCUUAUUUUCGCGCUGGCCUCCUGCCGCGCAGAUGGAGGCAGUCAACUAUCUGCAAAUCGCAGAACUCUCAAUGGAACUACGAUACUUUCCUUCCCUCCUUUUCCAGGUGAUCGCAUUAGCGCUACAAUUCCUACCGAAUGACGGGGGGCCUCUAGCUAGAUCAUCAUUAACGGGCAUUGCAACUUCACAAACCUAUAGCGACUUAGGCGACGAGCUGUUAUCCCGACUGGGUAGACCGGGGUUUGCCCUUGCUGCAGUUCAAGCAGACUUUUUGAGGUCAUCGUGGCUCAAGAAUUGCGGGCGAGGCAUUGAAGCUUGGCAUGCAGUUGGACACGCCAUCAGGCAAGCCCAGGAACUUGGUUUGCACCGGCAAAAGGAAAUAUACCAAACAAAUCAGAUCAACAUUGAGAAAACAUUGAGUCUGUUUUGGUACGAAGAAAAUAGAAAACGUCUAUGGAUCAAUCUGUUUGUAUGGGAUAGUUUCAUGGCAAUGAUUCUUGGCCGCCCUCGAAUGAUACAUUUGGAAGACUGUGAUGUUAAGCCGCCUUUGGAUUGUAAUAUACCCAAUGAGCCUUCCACAGCGAUACCAAUGGCAGUGCGCCUCGAAGAAAGCCAUGGCAUCAGCACGGUAUCCGCGCUUCUCUUUCGGUACGCACUUGCAUGCAAAAUGCAUAAGAUGCGUGCUACGAAAGCAGACAGGCCUCGUCCCAAAGACUACUCCGUUGUCCGCAUGCUACAUGAGGAAAUUACAUCCUUACUGUUGGAAUUGCCUGGUUUUUUACAGGCAGAGAAUUCAGACACCACCUGGGAUGUGGAGUACCCGCAUCUACCUCAGGUUCGUCAGGAAUUAAAAGUUAUGGCGAAUUUGUUCCUGAUGACAUUGCACCGGCCACAUCUGAUCUCUAACGCAGAGAGUCGAAGAGCCGCUUUGCAGGCUGCACUUGAAACGAUCGACUGCCAACAGCGUUUCUUUGCACAGGCUGAAAAGCAUCACUAUCAUCUAUUUGGUCUCGCAUUUUAUAUUGUUGAUGCCUCAUUUCUUGUCUCAAUAAUUACAAUCUUGUUUCCACCACAGAGCCAGGAAGGAAAACAGAGGAUUGAGCACAACCUCCAGCAUGUCAUUGAGAGUCUGUCCGAUAUGGAGGCUUUUAAUCCAAUAGCAGUAUCGGGAUUGUACAUUCUGCAGCGUUGCUAUCACAAGCUCAAGGCUGUUCGUGGUUCAGCCAGCAGUACCUCUGAAACCAGACAGGCCUCAUAUAUGACCCCCGGUGAUGGGUUGCACGACCUGAUAAGGGAUUUAGGCUAUGAUGAUUCCAAUUCAUUGCCAAAUUUGUUACCGGAUCAUUCUCAUUCCAACACACCUUCUUCGCUUGGGGUUUCAAGUCAUCCUCCCCAGUCGAUCAGAGACAGCUUUGAUCAGACAUAUUGGCUAGAUCAAUUAAACAUGAUUUAUCCAUCUGUUUUUGAUCAAGAUGUUGGCAACCUAUGGGAAAAUCUUAGCUUUGAUUGA